AUGAAUUACUUACGGCGCCGGCUGUCCGACAGCAAUUUCAUGUCCAACUUGCCCAACGGCUACCUCUCGGAUCUGCAGAGACCCGACACCCCACCCCAGCCGCCCCAGACCGGCACCAGCGGCACCACCAGUCCCGCGCCCCAGCAGCAGAGGCGGCCGGCCAGUAGCCAGUCCUCCGGUGCCGGUUUCUUCUCCUCCAUCUCCAACGCGGUCAAGCAGACCACCGCGGCCGUCGCCACCUUCACCGAGGUGGCCGAGAGGGUCCAUGCCCAGCACGCUGCCAAGAUACUGCUGGUUAUCGAUGACCAGCAGACGGACUGGGCCAAAGUCUUCAAAGGCAAGAAGGUCCAUGGCGAGUUUGACAUCAGAGUGGAGCAGGCGGAGUUCAGUGAGAUCAGCUUGGUGGCUCAUGCGACGGGCAGCUACAGUGUUGACAUGGAGGCUAUACGCAACGGCAACAAGAUCACCAAGACGUUUAAGCCUGACUUCGUGAUGGUGCGUAAACACGCCUUCAGCAUGGCGAAGAACGGAGACCAUCGCAACAUCGUGAUUGGCCUGCAGUACGCCGGGAUCCCCAGCGUCAACUCACUGCACUCCGUAUACAACUUCUGCGACAAACCCUGGGUGUUUGCCCAGAUGACGCGGCUGUAUAAGCAAUUGGGACCAGAGGAGUUUCCCCUGAUCGAGCAGGUGUACUACCCCAACCACAAGGAGAUGAUCACGGCGCCCAAGUUCCCCGUGGUGGUGAAGAUGGGACACGCCCACUCCGGAAUGGGAAAGGUGUGGGAACUCCAGGUGAUGGCUAGCCACGCCCUCUCAGGUGUGGGAACUCCAGCCACGCCCUCUCAGGUGUGGGAACCCCAGGUGAUGGCUAGCCACGCCCUCUCAGCCACGCCCUCUCAGGUGUGGGAACUCCAGGUGAUGGCUAGCCACGCCCUCUCAGCCACGCCCUCUCAGGUGUGGGAACCCCAGGUGAUGGCUAGCCACGCCCUCUCCGGUGUGGGAAAGAGAGACACCUCCUCACCAGUCAGGUAUCGCAUGUGGGUGGAUCGCUGUUCUGAGGUGUUUGGAGGCCUAGAGAUCUGCUCUGUGGAGGCGCUACACGGCAAAGACGGCAAAGACUACAUCAUAGAGGUGGAGGGCUGUUCGAUGCCUCUGAUCGGUGACCAGAUUGAGGAGGAUCGCUCCCUCAUCGCCGACGUCGUCGUCUCCAAGAUGACACAGAACACCACGCGCACACACCCCUCACCUAUACGCACACAGCCCCCUGUUCAGAAAGCUGCAUCUCCCCAGUCGGCGUCUCAGCAGCGAGUACCUCAGCAGCGCCCCCCUACGCAAGGUGCGUCUCCCCCCAGCUCUACUGGAGCCCCCAGUGCCCCCCCCCCCCCCCCCCCCUCUCAGCAACGCCCCUCCCCCCAGGGAGCCCAGCCAAUAGCCAGCCAGGCCACGCCCCCGGCUGCCACCUCAACUAAGCCAGCAGGGGGCCCCGUGAGGGCAGCCAGCCAGGGGACCCCCCCUCAGCAGAGGGGCCCCCCAGGACAGAGCGCCGGCCGCGGACAGCCAGCCCAGAGGCCCCCCCCACCCCGACAGAUGAGCCAGGGAGGCACGCCCCCUCAACGCCCCCCACCUACACAGGUACGCCCCCCGCCAACACAGGGAGCGCGACCCCCCACUACUCAGCAGCCGAGGCCGGUCGCCGCGGGGGGGGCACCUGGGUCCAAACCCCCCCUCCAGCAGAAACCCACCCCCCCUCAGCAACCCAGCCCCGACCACCCUGCACUGAAUGGAUAUGGGCAGCUGCACAAGUCGCAGUCUCUCACCAAUGCCUUCACCAUUCCAGAGCCACAGCAGGGGGCGGAGCCACGCCAAAGCCUCAGUCAGGAUGAGGUGAAGGCCGAGAGCAUACGCAACCUGCGGAAGUCCUUCGCCAGCCUCUUCUCCGCCGAGUAA